AUGGUUGUUCAGUCAUCUAAACCGACUGUUUCUGCUGAUCAGAAAUCUGAAAGGGACGAUAAGAAACCGAGGACUGAAACUUCCUUUGCUAGGCUUUUCCAGUAUUCGACCACCGUAGACAAGCUUCUUGUGUUUGUUGGAAAUGUAUCUGCAGUUUUGUUGGGGGCAUCAUUUCCUUCGUCUAUUCUUAUUUUUCGUUCAAUGAUUAAUGGAAUGUUUGAUGGCUCUUCAAGCAACAAAAUGUAUGGAUUUUUGGGAUGGUAUGUUCUUAUGGUGGCUUUGAUGUUCCUAAUUUGCAUGUGCAAGUCCGUUUGUAUCGGAUAUUCUUCCAAACGCAUAUCAAGACAUAUUCGUCUGCUGUAUUACCAGGCUGUACUGCAAAAGGAUAUAUUAUGGUUUGAUGAACAUUCAUCGGGUGAUAUAAUAAAUAAUUUAUCUGAAAAUAUUAAUUCAAUUGAACUUGGUAUCGGUACAAAAUUGAGCGAAUUCAAUCAAAAUAUGAGUGGAUUUCUAACUGGUCUUAUAAUUGGCUUUAUUGUUAAAUGGAAAUUAGCAUUAGUCGCUUGUGCUACUCUACCAUUUGUUGUGACUGCAUUUUCACUAUUCGGCAUUGCAUUUAAAUAUUUUCAUGCUAAAGAACUUGAAGCAUAUUCUCGUGCAAGUACAGUAUCCAGUGAAGUGUUAUCUUCUAUUCGAACUGUAAUUGCUUUUGGUGGAGAGAAACGUGAAGCAGUACGCUAUCAACGUGAACUAUCAUCAGCUGAAUCAAUGGGUAUUAAAAAAGCGACAGCGUUUGGUGGUGUUUCAGGAUGUAUUGGAUUUGUAAUAUUUGGAUCAGCAGCCUUAGUAUUUUGGUAUGGUGUCAAAUUGAUCCAAGAUGAAAAUACUGAUCCUGGUGCUGUGAUUGCAGUGUUUAUAAACAUUUUACUGGGAAGUAUAUUUCUAGGAAAUGCAUUACCAAAUGUACCAUAUAUUCUGGGUGCUGUCACAGCAUCUAAAGACAUAUUUACUACAAUAAAUCAUGUUUCUGCAAUUGAUAAAGCAAAAAGUGGCAAAAUUGUUCCAAAUUUCAAUGGGAACGUUUCCUUUCAUCAUGUCAAUUUCACGUAUCCCACACGUCCAGAUACGACUGUUCUUUAUAAUUUUUGUCUUACUAUUGAAAGUGGCCAGACAGUCGCAUUGGUUGGCUCAAGUGGUUCUGGCAAAAGUACUAUCAUCCAUAUGCUUCAGCGUUUCUAUGAUCCAACUCAGGGUGAAAUUUUAAUACAAGGUGUAAAUUUACGUGAACUCGAUAUUACAACUUAUAGAAAUCAAAUAGGAUGUGUACAACAAGAGCCAAUAUUAUUUGAUGGUACAAUACGUGAAAAUAUUAGACUGGGAAAAAUUAAUGCAACUGAUAAAGAAAUUGAAGCUGCUGCUAUUAAGGCUAAUGCACAUCAAUUUAUCAUGAAUCUUCCACAGGGUUAUGAUACAAUAAUUGGUGAGAAAGGCAGUGGUUUAUCAGGUGGACAAAGGCAAAGAAUUGCUAUUGCUCGUGUACUUAUUCGAAAGCCUAAAUUAUUACUUUUAGAUGAGGCUACGUCUGCUUUAGAUACACAAUCUGAACGAAUCGUUCAAGCUGCUUUAGAUAAAAUUGUUUACGGAUGUACUGUAUUGGUAAUUGCGCAUCGUUUAUCAACAAUUAAAAAUGCUGAUCGUAUCAUUGUACUGGAACAAGGUCAAAUACGUGAAGUCGGUACACAUGACGAACUACUACAGUUGAAUGGAUUGUAUGCAACAAUGUUACAUGGUCAAGAAAAGAAUCAAAAGCAUGUAGACGACUCCACAGAUAGUGAUGAAUAUGAUGGAGAGAGAUACAAUCAUGAAUAUUUAAAUCUUUCUCAUGAAAAUAAAAGACACAAUUAUAAUCAAGUUUCAUCACCUACCGAAAAAGAUUGUUAUUCAGAUUGCAACAGUACUUCAACGGUUACCGUAUCAAAUAUAAAACCAGUGAAAACUGUACGUUGGGCAAAAUCAUCUUGA